UAUUCGAGAAUAAUUCAUUCCCUUAGAUCUAGCUUGUUGCUUGUUAUCUGAUUGUCUUGAUACCUAUUCAUCAGCCAAGUCUUUAAAGUCCUUGUGACCCUUCCCAAUCAGUCACAAGCUGUAUCUGCUUCAAGGCAGCCCCGCCUCCAAGUCUCAGCCUGCCGCGCAAUUGUCUUGUCUGUCGGACUUUUCCUUGCAACUUCGUAUAACUAUCUCUCUUCCUCAAAUUCCUACUUGAGUAAUUCCUGAACCACAAGCGACUCACUUCCUACGACUUACACCCUCUUAUACCUCUUGUGUUACACCGGACGGGCUACGACGUCAUCCCACGUAUGAGCUCUGCGACACCAAGUUAACAAUCGCAUUGAGCUCUAGACAGCCAAUAUAGUUGGCAAGAUGCUUGACGAAAACCUCCCGACAUAUCGCUUCAAGACCUCUUCAGAGAACCCACUCAACAAUAUUCUCUACUUCACACACAAUGGAUCAGAUCCUGCGCCCGAGUACCUCAUCAAGCGACCGUCGCCUUCCGACGCCAAUGGCCAAUAUGCGCUCGGUAUAUUCGACUCUCAGAAUACAUCCGUGAUAUACGCAGAGGUCGAUGUCAAGCCUGACUGGGUAGCGCCCACUCUAUCUGCUGCUGAAAUCCGAGCGCAAAACGGAAACCCGCCGCCCAAGACCCCUAUCAUCCCAGAUAAUUUUGCGGUUUCACUAUACAACCCAGAUCAAGCUAUCCCUGUCAAGCAACAUUCGGGAGGUUGGAGAAAGACGGGUAUUUGGGAGUUUGAGCUUCCCGAGAGAUCCUUUAAGCUACCCAGUACUAGCCAGAUUGACCAGGAGGAUCGUCCAUCUCUAACCGAGUUGGUUCCCAAGGUUGUGUUUCGCUGGAAACGUGAUGGUCGUCUAAGCAAGGACAUGACAUGCUAUAUGACAGGAAGAAACGUGGGUGGAAAGAAGAGCAAGGAACCCGAUAUUACGGUGGCAUUUUUCCGUGCUAAGCAUGACUCGACUUUGACCAUCUAUGAACCCAACAUGGCCCGCGUUGAAAUUGAGGAUCGACGGGGUCUUGAGAUCGCUCUUCUUAUGAGCGCUGAGACCAUCAAAGACCUAUACCUGAACCCGAGCCAGGAUCCAUUCCACCUCCAAACCUCAUCUAAUGGCCGGCGUCGCCAGAACUCUCGCCCAGCAGCAAGUUCCUCGGCAGGCCCGACAAUGGCGGGUGCUCUCAACAACAACCGACCGUCAUCGCCUCCUCGUACACAAGCAUCUCCACAGCAGUCAAACAACCAAGCCCAGCGAGAAGCUGAGGUCGAAGCGGAAACAAGGCGCUUACAAGCAAUGGUAGCAGAGGAGGAACGCAAAAGACGUGAGCGUGAAGAGCAAGAGGAGGAAGAACGCAAGAGAAUCCAGAAGAUGCUUGAGACUGAGGAGCAAGAGCGCCGGAAGAGAGAUGCUGAGGUCGACAAAGAAACUGAGAGGCUCCGUCGGGAAUACGGCAUGGCUGGGCAAGACUUCCAGAGUCCCACGAGCCCGGGUCACCCAUCACCACCCUUACCUCCAAGACCGCAGUUUGCAUCAGGCGCAUUGAACGUCCCCCCAAACAAUCUACCCCAAAGACCCAACAGUGUUGGACCAACACCGUAUGGCGCUCCUCAGCCAAACUUUGCCCCUCCUCCUUCGCAAGCUCAGCCAGGCCCCAGUGAGAACGGAAAGAAACGUCACGGUUUGGGCGGUCUAUUGCAGGGUCCCUAUGCUGGUCCGGCGGCAGCAAGUGUCAGUGGUUUCUUCAGUAGUCGAAAGGACGAAGAGAAGCGGAAGAAGGUUCAGAAAAAGCGAAGUGUACACUUUUGAGCUUGAGAUCUGAAGAAACUACAUAGUGUCUUUAUGUGUCAUGUUGGUGGAGUUUUAGCGGACAUAUGCGCGCAAUGCAUGGAGGGUAUACCAUAGAUUUGGGAACAGUAUUACUAAUGUGAAAUGAUUUCUUGUCAA